AUGAUUUUAAUAACGCUAUACUGGGCUCUGUGUGGCCUCCUUACCUUUUCGUCCAUGAUUGUUGCCGCUUAUCUGUUCAUGAAUCAGAAAUUCAACUACUGGACUAAACGAAGAAUCAUACAACUUGAACCUAUGCCCAUCGUAGGCAACUUCAUGGACUGCUUACUGUUAAAAAAAUCGAGCGCACAAUUUCUCGGUGAUACAUACAAAUAUGGCGAAGGUUUGCCUUUGGUGGGUUUCUACAUCUUUCACAAACCUUGUCUGUUAAUUCGCGAUCCAGAACUCGCGAAGCACAUCCUAGUGAAGGACUUCGAGUAUUUCGCUGACAGAUACGCGACUGCAGAUGAGAAACAUGAUCGUCUUGGAUACGCAAAUAUGAUACUGAUGAAAAAUCCAGGAUGGAAAUCUCUCAGACCAAAAUUGACGCCGAUUUUUACCCCAGGAAAGAUACAGAAAAUGUUCGUGUUAAUGCUGGCGGUCGCCGACGACCUUGGAAAGCAUCUCGAUUCGUUGCAUUUGGAAGGCGAUGGAAAAGUAGUCGAGUGCAGAGAUAUUUGCACGAGGUUCACCACCGAUAUAAUCGGAGGCAUUGCACUUGGCUUAAAACUAGGUGCGUUACAGGAUCCAAAAACACCAUUCCGUGAAUAUGGCAGGGCGAUCUUUGAUUCUACUUACCAACGUAACAUGGAGUUCCUUACCAUAACAUUCAUACCUCAGUUAUCCAAGUAUUUCAAACCGAAAUUCUUUGGGAAAAAAGCAACUAAUUUCCUUCGAUCUGUUUUGUCGGAUGUGAUUAAACAACGAAUCGACUCGCGCCAAAAAAGAAAUGACCUCAUCGAUGUGUUGACAGAGAUCAGGGAGACAUACAAGAACGACGAAAGAUUAAAGGAUUACAAAUUCGAUGGUGACGAUUUAGUGGCACAAGCCGCCAUAUUUUUUGCUGCUGGUUUCGAAACAUCUGCUGCUAUCAUGUCUUUCACACUGUACGAACUUGCACUGAAUCCGGAUAUACAGCAGACACUUAGGACAGAGAUUCAGGAUGCUUUAGAGAAAACUGAUGGAAAAAUCACAUACGAUAUGAUUACGACGCUAUCAUAUCUCGAUAUGGUAACUUCGGAAACUCUUCGUAAAUAUCCAUCUGUGCCAAAUUUGAAUCGAGUUACCCUUGCCGAUUACAAAGUGCCUAAUUCCGAUCUGGUUAUAGAGAAAGGCACCCCAAUAUUCAUGACGGUAAUGGGUUUGCACUACGAUACGCGGUACUUCCCGAAUCCGGAAAAAUACGAUCCACUCCGAUUUACCGACGAAGCCAAAAGUACCAGGCCAAGUUUAGCCUACCUGCCCUUUGGUGCGGGACCCCGCAUCUGCAUUGGUAUGCGACUGGGACUCAUGCAAUCCAAACUUGGAAUCGUACAGAUAAUAAAGGACUACGAAGUUUCGCCGUGUGAAAAAACCACAAUUCCAAUCGUUCUAGAUCCCCAAGGUGUCAUCACGACAGCUUUAGGAGGAGUACAACUCAAUAUUCGAAAGAUUACCACUACUGCCAAUUAGACGAAGCUAAAGUUUUACGAAUCGCAUUAUGCAUUCCAAUUUUCUACUGUGAUUGUGAUAAGUCAAAUAUAUUUUACUUCUGAAUCGACGAAAUUCACGGAGUAUAAUCGUCAUUUCUCUCUCGGGAGAAAUGAAUCUUUAGACGUUAAGUAUAUUUUAACAUUGUAGUCGUAAAUGUCCAAAAAUUCAGAUUUUAUAUAUCUUAAAAUAACGAAACUUAUUUAAUGUUAA